UCGAAACGGACGCGUUGCGCUCGGCUAACGGCAAAUAACAGAAUAACGGUUAAGAUACACCCCACGUUCGUAAAUUGGAUACUACCAUAAAUCUUGAACUGUUUUAUCAAAUAUUUUAUAACUCGUUUCUGUGCAUUUGUGUAAUUUUAAGAGUUAUACAGCGAUCAACUAUUAAGAUAGAAAUAAACAUUUCCAAAAGACAUUGAUCGUAUUUAAAGUUAUUGUGCAAUUUUAUAGUUGGUUGAGUGACAUGUUUCUAAUGGAAUACAAAAAUAAGUUGUUUUAAGGUGUAACUAAAAAAAGAAUCAACUGCUCAAAACAAGAGCUCGAGGAGCAGCAGUACCACCUGAUAAUUACCACCUGCAGCCCCAUCGGAGUUCCGCCCCAAUCAUGACGAGCAUCUCGGCGCUGCUCCACCGGAGCCACAGCCACAGCAAUGGGUACACGAGCAGCGGGAGUAGCAAUCACAGCCACAGCAGCAGUCUCUCACCGCAGUUGCCCGGCAUCAGUUUGGGUUUGGGAAUGGCCAGUGGUUUGGGCAUGGGCUUGGGCACGGGAUCGGGAGCGGGAAGCAGCACCCCACCACCGCCGCCAGCUGACCUCGCCGUUCCACCAUCGGUUGCUGGUCCUGUGGCGCCCAAAAUGCAACACCACCAUCAGUCCCACCAUCACCAUCUGGCCAAUUCGAAUGCCAACUCCCACGCCCACUCGAAUUCAAAUUCUGGAUCCCAUCACAGCCACGACCACAUUAAGCGACCAAUGAACGCUUUCAUGGUCUGGUCGCGGGGGCAGCGUCGCAAAAUGGCCCAGGACAAUCCAAAAAUGCACAAUUCCGAAAUAUCGAAGCGCCUGGGCGCCGAGUGGAAAUUGCUCACCGAAGGACAGAAGCGUCCAUUCAUCGACGAGGCAAAGCGAUUGCGGGCCCUGCACAUGAAAGAACAUCCCGACUAUAAGUAUCGACCACGUCGCAAGCCCAAGACGCUGAACAAGUCACCAGUGCCAGGUGGAAAUGGUGGAGCUGGUGGUGGUGGUGCUAAUGGUGCUGCCAAUGGUGUUUCCGGUCCUGGAGGCCCGGGAUCGGCUGGCUCCCCCAAGGACAUGCAGCCCCAGUUGUCGCCCUUGGGUCAGUCGAUGCCCCAUCUCCACGGACAUCCCCACCAGUCUUCCUAUCCACCGCAUCCGCACCACCCGCAUCCCCAUCCACAUCACGUCCAGCUGGCCGCCGCCACUCUGAGUGCCAAGUACGGAUUCGGAUCGCCGCUGGAGCUGUCCCUGCCCCGCCUGCCGAACGCCUUCCCCGGCCUCGCCCACUAUCCGCUGGAUCCCACGCUGGCCCUCGACCUCCAGGCCCGCCUCCAGGCGAUGUACGCCGGCACCAUCUACCACCCAUGGCGGUAUCUGCCGCUGAUCAGUCCGGAGACACCGCCUUCCCCGCCCAGCAGCAGUGGCACCGGCAUCUCCUCCUACGGAUGCGUCAAGUCGGAGAAGUCAUCCCCGAACGGAGUGGUGGCCAGCACGGUCAGUACGCCCAACAUCAUUUGACCGACUCCAUUGCGCUUCGGCGCCGGCACCUCCUCCUCCGCUGAGCAUGUGGUUUAGGAUGGAACUAUCCACAUAGAGAAUCCACUCGGGAGUCCACACCGUUCCCCAGAGGAUCCAUCUUGGAAUCGGCCACUUGGUCACCCCGCCCCGCAAGUUAAAAGUCCUAAUGUUAGAACCUAGUGUUAGUCGAAUAUUUGUGCGUGUCUUUAGUUGCUGCGAGAGUUAUGUUUCCGGUUCGGAUUUUAGUUCAGUUCAAUUAACAUUUCUUAGUCGAUUUAUUUACGAAAAUGAAUUAUUUAGAUUUCUAUUAAUCUCUUGCUUCAAUAGCUCGAUAACCAUUUAA